AGCCUGGGUGUUUUUUUUUUUGUUGUUUUUUUUUUCUCCGGCUGCUCCUGAAGACUUGCGUCCUCUGACCUUCUUCCUCUGGACCCCGGUGCGGUCCGGAGGACGUCACACUGGGGCGUUCGAGCGCCCUGCGAUGCACCAGUUGGUGCCCUCGGUGGGGACGGUUGGAAGGUGUUCUCCCUCCCGCGGAGCCGGUGUGCCGGGAGGAAACCCGGAAUCCUUAGCCUGAGUCACAGAAGCUCGAUGGAUCAUGGAAAGGCCUUCUGUCACUUAGCGGUUAGAAAUACGGACUCUUCACACGUUUUGGUCAUCAUCCCUGGCAGUGCAAAACAAAAAAAGGAAAGUUAUUGCCUUCAUCUUUGGUUCCUGUACAUUUUGAAGUGGAUACUUGCAUGAAAUUUUAGAAAGUAUGUCAGAGUCGGAAACAAUAAAUGUCAAUGGUCCCUCUCAAGACUUCUCCUACUCAGACUUGCCCUUCUGUAUGGAAGCCAGCUUCUCCUCAGACCUGCUUCAGAGUGAAACAAAGAAUGUAAAAAGGGGAAAUGAGUCUACACACACGUUCUCUGAAGAUAGCACAGAAGGCAGUUUGUUAGGUGAUAUCAACCUUGGGAAUUACCCAGAGAGUGAGCAGAAUCAACCAGCUAACACUAGGCUUUCUUCCUUGAGACAAUUUGAACCCAUUUGCAAAUUUCACUGGAUAGAAGCAUUUAACGAUGAAAUGACAGUUCAAGACUUGAGGGGGGCAUUUUCUUACUCGGAGAAGCCAGAGUUGCCAAACCAGGUGUACAAUGAUACAGCAGAUGGCAGCGAAAAGCCAGAUCCAUUUAAGGAAGAAAGUUCAGUGGAAAGUAGCAUUUCCGAAAAUAAUGACGAACUUGUUCCCGAGCCAGUGAGGAAAUCUCCAAGAAGUCUGUGUCUAAACUACUACAGAGGAGAGGCACAGCCGCUCCCAGAGGCGCCAUUCGUGAGAAGUGCCGUGGUAGAUGUCGGCCUCAAUAUCAGUCAGCCUCAAAGCUUUCUGGAUAAAGAAAAUGUCUGUAAAAAUGGUGACAAUUCAUCUGAUAGGGAGAAUUGCUUCGAGCAGCUUGACUUGAGAGCUAUUUAUAAAGCAGAGGAGCCUGACAUUUCUUCAAAAGAAGUACAGAAUUCUGGAGAGAUUUCUGAGCUAUCAGUUAGUCACCAGGAAGAAGUCACAGAAGAUGGCGUAGACAGCCUAGCCAUUACCUCACCGUGGUCUCCAGCUGGCAUCUUCAAGGGAAGUGGACCUCAGGACAACUCCCUGAGGCCUGAUAGGGAGGUCAGCUGUGAAGGCUUGGAGCCUCUGGAAGAGGACAUGGCUUUAAAUGAGGCCUUGCAAAAAUUAAGACAGACUAACAAAAAACAGGAACUGCAGAUUCAAGACCUCCAUGGUAAGAACUUGAACUUAGAAAAUAGGGUUCAAGAACUACAGACAAAGGUCACCAAACAGCACGUGUUGGUUGAUAUCAUAAAUAAACUAAAGGUGAACAUUGAGGAGUUAAUCAAUGAUAAAUACAAUGUAAUUCUAGAGAAGAAUGACAUCAACAAGAAACUUAAGGAUCUUCAGGAAGCUUCGGCUAACACCAAAAAGCACCUUCAGGAAUCCAAGAAAGACAAGGAGAGCCUCCAGCUCCAGGUGAAAAAGAUUAAGGUUCAUUACGUGCGCUUACAGGAAAGGUAUAUUGCUGAGAUCCAGCAGAAAAACAGAUCGGCCAGUCAGUGCCUGGAGAUAGAAAAGACCUUAAGCAAGAAAGACGAGGAGCUCCAGCGGCUGCAGCGCCACAAAGGGGAGCUGGAGAAGGCCACCAGUUCUGCCCUGGACUUGCUGAAGCGGGAGAAGGAGAUCCGAGAACAAGAGUUCUUGUCUUUUCAGGAGGAAUUCCAGAGUAGGGAAAAGGAAAACCUGAAAGAAAGGCGGAAAUUGAAGUCGAGAGUUGAGAAGCUGGUUGCUCAAGUGAAAAGCUUGCUGUUCACCUGUGAGAGCGAGAGAGCUCAAACCAUGGCGCUCCAGCGGCAGGUGGAAGAGCUGAAGCUGGAGAACUUAGAACUCCGACAGCAGGCUGCGAAGAGGGAGGCCCAAGCUUGCACCCCUAGCUUUGAGAUUACUCAGUCAAAGGAGCGGCUGGAGGAAGCGGUGGAGCCGGACAUCACCCAGGAUACAAAGGGGACACAUUGUAAUUUGUUCCUGAAUCGCUCUUCUUGUAAAGAAGGCCUGGAGCUCCAACCUCUGAAGAAAACUUCUCCACUGGCCUCUGGAGUUCACAGCCUUCUGGCGCUGAGAAUAGGACUUCUCACGUGUCAGGACCUCGCCACUCCUAAUGCCGAGCUUUGCCAAGAGAGUAAGAAAGCUAAUGACAUAAUGCUGCAAAGACUGAAGGACUGUCAGCUUAAAAAGAAAGACUUAGAUAAAGAGUUAUUGAAACAUAAAAACAGAAUUUCGACUCUUAAAGAGUUAAUUGCUAGUGAAAAGGCACUUCAAGCCCACACUAUCGAGAUCACAGAUUUUGAUGCAGACGAGGUCAAGAGUACCAGAGAUGCGCCUGUGUUGCUGGCAGUCAAACUGGAUAAAUACCACAGUCUGAAUGAGGAACUUGAUGUCUUGGGAUCCAACCCAAGGCUUUCCUCCUGCCAGAUUACAAAGCUGGGAGGGCUUCUGGAGAGCAAAGAAGACCACUACAGCAGACUCAUUGAGGAGAAUGACAAGUACCGGAGGCACGUAGGCAGCCUGAUAAAUAAGGUAACAUCAUAUGAAGAAAUUAUCAAAUGUGCUGACCAAAGACUUGAGAUAUCCCAUUCUCAGAUUGCACAUUUGGAAGAGAGGAAUAGACAUUUAGAAGAUUUAAUUAGAAUGCCCAGAGAGAAAGCCAGAAGGCCAAGACCAAGAUUAGAUAAUCACCCAAAGUCCUUGACCUUGAUAAGUCAUCUUCAGGGCCACCAUAAAGAAUGUUCUAUUUCCAUGUGAACUGACUGUAAUACAUGAUUAAAUAUUCAUU